AUGUUGUCCUAUGUAUCACCUCUCCAGCCACACAGCCAUCACAACAAAGCCGAUUGCCCCGUGGCUAGAACUCCUCGUUCCACUGACUAUCUAAUUUGCCUUAAUGGGACUCCGAAACAUACUGGCAUUCUUGAAGCCUCUUCUGUCGUCGCCUCCAAUGGAUGCAUUUCUUCUGCGUCAGGAUCGGGCUUGUUAGCUGAGCAGGGCGUGCAUCAGCUGUCAACGAGGGAAAGACAGGCUAGUUUGGUUCCACCAUCAUCCACAUCUUCGGACGAGGCUACUCGAUCUAUUUCGGGCUUAAAGGUCUCCUCGUCCAUUCAUCUUGCGGAUUGUCGAUCUUGA